AUGACAUUACUCAAUUUACCAAGUUUGUUUUUAAUAUUAUCUAGCCAAUUUUUAUCAAUAAACAGUGAUUCGUCGCUAGUGGUAAUAACAUGGGACUAUUUGAAUGCUACUGAGCAUGCAUGGAAAAUUUUAUAUGAAGAUCACAAAAGUGCGAUAGAUGCAAUCGAAGGUGCUUGUACUUUAUGCGAAGAACAGCAGUGUCGUACUACAGUAGGAUAUGGAGGAAGUCCUGAUGAACUCGGUGAAACUACACUCGACGCUAUGAUUAUGGAUGGAGUAACCAUGGACGUCGGAGCUGUUGGUGGGAUUCGAAACAUAAAAAAUGCAAUAUCAGUUGCUAGAAAAGUCCUGGAGAACACAAAACAUACUCUAUUAGCUGGAUCUCUUGCUACUGACUUUGCUCUGAAGAUGGGAUUCAAACAAGAAUCACUAACAACUGAUUUUUCAAAAAAUAUGUGGGAGUCUUGGAUUAAAAAUGCGUGUCAACCAAACUUCUGGAAGAAUGUCAGUCCCAAUCCCUCAGCUUCAUGUGGCCCGUACACUCCUUUGCCAGAGCAAAAGAACGAAGAUAACUAUUUGGAAUCCUUUGACAUAGAUGAAGACAAUCAUGACACUAUCGGUGUAAUUGCAAUGGACAGUAAUGGAAAAAUUGCAGCUGGGACGUCGACAAACGGAGCAAACCACAAGAUACCUGGAAGAGUUGGAGACUCGCCAGUUCCUGGAGCUGGGGCUUACGCUGAUCAAGAAGUUGGCGCAGCUGCUGGCACUGGAGAUGGUGAUGUGAUGAUGCGAUUUUUACCUAGUUUCUUAGCUGUUGAAGAAAUGCGUCGAGGAGCCAGUCCAAGCGAAGCGGCUGAAGUGGCAGUCACAAGAAUUGCUAAACAUUAUCCUAAUUUCAGCGGAGCUAUUAUUGCUUUAAAUAAAAAUGGAGAAUACGGAGCAGCUUGUCAUGGGUUCAAUUCUUUUCCUUUCUAUGUCAGUAACCAGAAACUUGGAAAACCGAAAUUAUCUUUAGCGAAUUGUAUUGAUGUUAUGAAUGAAGUGGAAAUGAUUUGA